AUGUGGACCAAAUCAGUCGUUCCAUUCCUGGCAGCCCUUGCUUUGCCAGUGUCCGCGUUGCCUGAGCCACCUACGAAAGUGCUAUCAGCAAGGCAAUCCUGCGUUACACCUCAGCCAUGCCAGGCGAUGAACCCACCACCAACGGCCGCUGAGACCGAGCAGCGAUUCAACAGAUUCGCGGACGAGUUCCUGGUCAAGAAGAACCUGACCGCUGCUUUCGAGUUCAUCUCCUCAACAUACAUCAACCACAACCCGUUUGCCGACGAUGGGCCCAACGCCGCGCUGACCUUCCUAUGCCCUGUCUGGCCAACAACCCAGAUCGAUGUCCUGCGGACCACGUACAUCGACCCCCAGGGCUUCCUGAACUACAAUGCUAGCGGCGGCAUCGGGACGGUGGUCGACAGAUUCAGGUGGGAAGCGGGUUGUAUUGUGGAGCACUGGGAUCAAGGCGAGGUUUUCCCAGGCGACGCACCAAAUGCGACCACGUCACCCGCUGCCAGCUCGAAUGGGACAGCUACGCCGUCGGUUCCAGUGACGAGCGGUGCCGUGCGAAGGCGUUCAAUUCUGCGAUAG